UUUUACCAAAUUUAGAAGAACCCUUGGCGCCUAUGAUUUUCAUGUAUCUGAGCACUGCUCUGUUGAUUACGGGACUACAUGCGAGUGGAAACAACGAUAUCAUGAGAAAAUUCUGCACACGAUUUAAAAUCAACGGUGAUGAGAGUUGUUCGUUGCUGUUUAAUAUCUUUAAGGAAAAUAUUAUAAAGAUGAAGGAUUACGAAGAAAUAUUAGAAAAAGCAAGAUUUCUGCAACAAUUCGAUAUGAAAUUCAGCAAAAUUAGGUUCAUAGAAAGUGAAACAGAGAAGAACGAAUCACCCAUGGAUCGUUUUGAAAGAACAAAUGGUAGCGCUUUUUAUACAACUGCAGGGGAAUUACAUCUUUUAACCGAAGAAAUAAAAAGGCUCAUUGCACCUAUCGAAGCCUUUCUUACAACCCUUAUGGAUAAUAAGGCAUUUGAAAAGGCCGUAGGCAGCACAAUGGACCUAGUAGCAGUAAAAACAAUGCGGCAGUAUUUCAAAGUAUUUAUACUUGAUUUUGGGAAUCUCGAGCAUUGCAGAAAUGAACUUAGUUUUUAUAGGUUCUUCAUCACAAGUUUUAUUACAAAUAAAAAUAUUGUAGAAGAGUACAAGAAGAAGAGGAUAAAUAAAGAACUGGAUGAUGAUGACAGCAACACAGUGAAAUACUUGAAGGUUGCGUUUCUAUUUUUAGCUAUCAUGUUUGCUGCAUUCUGUUUAUUGACGGUCAUCGUUGUGAUUUGUAACCGAUUAAUGAGGAAGAGGAGACCGCUUCAGGAGUAAUAUCUGGCACAAUAUCCAUUAAUUAAAUUAUU